AUGGGAAACGCCAUCCCCGACUCGGCGAAGUCCGGCGACCCGAGCGCCCGGCUGGUGCUGCACGGCUCGCCGCCCAACGGCGACACCGCCAGCUCCGGCUCGCCCUUCGUGGCCAAGGUGGAGCUAUUCCUGCGCAUCAACGGCCUGGACUACGAUGCGGACGUCGACUGGAGGGGGCCAAAGGGCAAGAUUCCUUGGAUCACGCACGGCAACGUGGUCCUUGGGGACUCCACCUUCAUCAUCGAUUACCUGAAGAACACCUACAGGUCGACCACCAAGAUCAAGGAGCCCGAGACGCCGAUGCAGAAAGCCAUAAACACAGCCUGCCUCCACAUGUGCGAGGACAACCUCAUGUAUGGCAUCAUAUACUAUCAAUUCGCGCAUCCGGAGGGCUUUCUCGUCACAAAGCAGCGCCUGGAGGCCAGGACGCCGGUUCCUUUCCGCUGGAUCCUCCCUGCCUUAGCCCAGCUUCAAGGGCAGAGCAUUCUCCACAAGCAGGGCCUAGGUCGCCACUCCGAUAAGGACGUGUCCUUCAUCCUGUCUUCGAGCCUGUCCGCGCUGUCCACCUACCUGGGCAACGGCAAGUACUUCUUCGGGGACGCCCCCUGCGAGACGGACUGCAUCGCCUUCGCCUUCCUCGAUCAGUACCUGCACGACGAGGCGUGCGCCGCAGGGGGCACCCUGGUGAAGCAGUUCCCCAACCUGAAGGAUUUCGUGGAUCGCCUGCGGGCCCGAUAUUUCCCUGAGGCAAGGCCCAGCAAGUUGAAGACUGCUGGGGCCCGCAAGGCGCGUGGAGGCUGGACGGUGCUGCUGCUCGUCGGGUCGGGGGUGUCCUGCCUGGCGGCGGCUGCGAUUGUGUGCAGCAGGCGGUAG